CGAUCCCUGUUCAGCUUAUCGUGGCGAGUAAACGUGUAGCCCCGACAAACAUUUGAGACUCAAAACAAUUUCUAAAUACGUUUCGUCUGUUUUGCUUUUCGCCUUAAUAGCCCCAAAUCCCCCUCUGCAAAUCUCGACCUUCCAACAAACCCUAAAACCCCUAAUAUGAUCUGACCCACAUCGAUUCAAGGGUGUAUUGGGAAGACGGAAAAUGUCUGAGGAGGAAGGAGAAGAAGUGGGUACGAAGAAGAGGAGGAGUGCCCGGAUAUUGGGAUUGGAGGAAGAGAAGGAGAAGAAGAAGAGCAGCAACAAGGACCAAGAAGAGGCCAAAGCCAAAGCCAAACCCAAACCCAAAUACAUAUCUAAGGAAGAGCAGCAGCAUGAGGGGGACCCUGAACAAGACCAUGAGGAGAUGGAGGAGCAAUGUCCAAGUACAACGGAAGCAGCAGGAGAGGCACCCUCUGUUGAAGAGGGAACACUUGAAGAUGUUGCUAUCACUUUUGUUUCUUCCCCAUGUCAACAGAACAUUAUGGAUGCAUCCCAGCAGGGUCAUAUGGACGAUCAGUCUGACCAGCCACUUACUGACUCUUCCAUGCAUACGCCCCUUCCUGGGAAGUCAUCAGAGCCAUCAGAGCUCUCAGUGGACACCCUAACACCAUCAGAAACAUCCUCUUCUAUCAGAAAGAAAGGACGGGGGCCUGCAAAAGGCUUGAAGUUGGCUAAGAGAGCACAAGAAGCUAGUGAUGGAAAGUUGGAUAUUGAGUUCUCAGACAUGUCUGAUUCAGCAGUAGGGCCAAAUCAGCGGAUGUUUGUGGAUGAGGUGGUCCAACAGAUGAGAGUGCAUACACCACUUAAUGUCAAGAAGUGGGCGGAAGUACCACAGGAGGCAAAAGAUAAUAUUGUUUCAGGUGUGUUGCGUCGGUGGAGAAUCCCGGAUACACCCUUGCGAAGAGCUAGUAUAUUAAGGUUGGCGAAUCGGAGAUACCGGGGUUGGAGAGCAAAACUCUCCAAGGACUACAGUAAGUAUGAUAAUGAUGAGGACCGCAGGCGGAACCGGCCUAAAGAGGUCUCAGAGAAGCAAUGGGAGUGUCUUAUUACAUACUUUGGCACUGAUGAAUUUAAGACUGUUAGUGAUAGAAAUAAAGAAAAUCGAUCAAAGCAAAAGACGGGCAAAAUCACCGGCAGCAAGUCUUUUGCCGCUGUGAGUUACGAUGCACGGGACCCUGUGACCGGUCAGCCGCCUAAUGAAUACAGGACAUGGCUUAUGUGCCAUUGUCAUCCUGAUGGCACAUGGAGUGAUGAAGCUGCACGACAGAUUUAUGAGCGAGUUACUGAGUUAAUUACUCAGCAGUCACAGCAAGAGGGGGAGCCACUAUCCCCAUCAACUGAGGAUGAAUUGUUUCAGUCGGUGAUCGGUUCCAGACCAGUCCACCUACGAGGCCAGAGACGUGGGCUGAGUCAGGUGCAGAAACUGGCAACUGUUGAGGUUCAAAAGGAGCGUGAUGUCCUUGAAGAGAAGCUUGGUGAGAUGAAGCAGAAGUUGCAGGAGGAAAGCGCAGCACGGACCGUGAUACAGGCACAACUGCAGGCAGAGAGUGCAGCACGUGCUGAGAUGGAGGCACGAUUGCAGGCAGAGAGUGCAGCACGGACAGCGAUGGAGGCACGACUGCGUGCAGAGUUUAUGGUUGCCCUUGAUAGCCUACGAUCCCAAGCCUCUUCUAGCAGUUCUGCCAGAGGCCUAAAAUGGGCUGCUUAAACCUUGGGUAGGCCAUGGGCCUCAGAUUGAUUUGGUAAAAAAAGUUUGAACAGCUCAAGGGCCUGCGAGAGACAACAAGCAGGCUGUAUCAUACUCUAAUCAAAGAAACACAAUCAGCAGUGAAGGAAAGAGCCACGGUUUCAAGUUCAAUUGCCCGAGGAGUCCCUCUUCGCUUCACCUGCAUUUGGUAUUUAUGGAAACCUCCACAUGGGCAAGCCAACUUGUGUUUUUGCUUACUGACGCUAUUCCUGGUAGCCCAAUCAUAGAUCGAUGUAGGCCUCCCUGCCCAAGCUUUAAGUUACUACAUGUGUAGGACCUCUGACCAAAGUUUAUCAAUGCGGUAUAAAUUAAUGUUGUAUGAACUAUGAGCAUAUUCAGUGUAUAAUUGCAGUCUUCUUGUUCUGUAUAAACUCUGGGCAUAUCUGGUUGAGUGCUGAGCGUCUAGUAUGAAUGGAACAGUUUUCAGUGA